UCUUGGAAAAGGUCUCAACAACGUAGCGUGAUUGCCAUCCCGGCGCAGUGUGCACGCUCACCAACGGGCAGCAAGCGCGACAGAUCUUCGGACAUCCUCCUUUCGAGUCCAGCUGAGAGAAGGAGAGAGGCGGUACUUCGCGGAUCAGGAGGUCGGCUUUGCUCGAGACGCGCGCAUACAGAGCCUUUGGCCAACCCUUAUCGCAAGAGGACCAUCUUCUCGGUCUGGGUCGCUCACACAGGCGCUUGGUACUCUCUCAUCGAAGGUCCGCGUGAGAGAGGGGCCCUGUGGCCAUGCCGCUCCUCAAUGGAGUGAGUGGGUCAGGAUCGCCGCACGGAGGUCUUGGCAGCAGCAGCAGCGGCGUCGUGGGAGCGGCAGGAGCGGGAGACGGAGGCUUGCGUGCCGGCAUGCUGCCAAAGCAGGCGCCCCACCAGCUCUCACCGAGACACUACGACCAGUACGGGCAUGACCCAGGGCCCAGCUCCAUUCCUCUAACUAAUCGGACGGGCAACGGCAACGGUAAUAGCAACAGCAACAGCAAUGGGAACGUAGGCUAUCUUGGCGCAUCCUCUCUGCAAGCGAUACCACCCUAUCGAGGGUCACCCUCAACGACGCAAGCAAAUGGAGGCUACAACACCAGUUUGGCCUCCAACAGCGCAGUGAAUGGCCAGGCAGGCGGCUACGGCAUGCAAAUACGAAGCCCGACAGAAUCAUCGAUGCCGACAACGGCGGCCUCGUUGAUGCGAGAAGGGCCGAGAGACUUUACAGUCAUCAAAGACGUCGGUGAUGGGUCCUUUGGAACAGUGUGUCUGGCCGAUUGGAAGAGCCCGCUGCCGAGCGGGACUUUGCUCAGUCCGAUGCAGCAUCCAACGACAAGACCAGAGUACCUCGGCAAAAGGCUGGUGGCCAUCAAGAAGAUGAAAAAACCAUUCAGCAGCUGGGACGAAUGCAUGAAGCUGAAGGAGCUCAAGUCACUACUCGCAAUACCCCACCACCCCAACAUUAUUCCCCUCUACGAUGCCUUUCUGAUGCCUGGCGAGAAGAAGAUGCUGCACUUCGUCUUUGAGUGCAUGGAGGGAAACCUCUACCAGCUCACCAAAUCGAGAAAAGGGCGCCCAUUAGCCAGUGGACUCGUCGCCUCGAUUUUCCAGCAGAUCAUCCGUGGUCUUCACCACAUCCAUGAACACGGCUACUUUCACCGAGACAUGAAGCCAGAAAACCUGCUCAUCACCACCACUGGCCUCGCCGACUACCCGGCCUAUGCACCUUUUGCACCUCGAGGCACAGCACCGGAGCGAGACGUGCUUGUCAUUGUCAAGCUGGCCGACUUUGGCUUGGCUCGAGAGACGCAAAGCGCGCCACCCUACACCGAAUACGUCUCGACGAGGUGGUACAGGGCACCAGAGAUUCUGCUUCGGGCAAGAGACUACUCGAGCCCUGUCGACAUUUGGGCCUUGGGUACCAUCCUGGCCGAGCUCCUCAACCUCAAACCGCUCUUUCCUGGCCAAACUGAGGUGGACCAAGUCCUUUACAUUGUCGAGAUUCUUGGUAACCCCUCGUCGGAAUAUGGCAAAGACGAGCGAGGUCGGUUACGAGGUGGUGGCGAUUGGGCCAGAGGGCUGCGGCUGGCUGAAAAGGUCGGCUUUGAGUUUCCAAAGGCCUCCCCGAUGAACUUCGCGAAUCUCUUUUCGGCCAAGGUGCCUGCCGCGCUGGUCGACUGCAUCCAAGACAUGAUGCGAUACGAGCCUCAGGCGAGACUCACGACGCGAGACUGUCUGAACCACGUCUACUACCGCGAGAUCGCACCCAAGCUACUCCCGCUACAGGCCAAGGAACUGGCCAUCGCGACGGAGCCGACAGCACAGCUUCGACAGGUGCCAAGAGCACAGUUGCAGCCCAUUGCCUUGCCCGACAAAACCAUGGGCAUGGACCCGAACGCAGGAAGACGGCAGGUGCCUCCGUCGCACUCGGCCAUGCCUCAAUCAGUCCGGCCAGCGUUUGGCGCAGGCACGUCAGCCCACGACAUGGCGAGGCUGCAGCAGCAGCAGGAUCAACCCAUGGCUGCGGCUUCACCAAUGCGGACCGGCCCGACGCACGACACUGGCCCAGUCGAUGCUCCGAUGGAUGCCGCCUCUCCCAAAGAGCUUAACGAUGUGCAGUGGGCACCUGCACCGGGCUCGGGUGUACGAGAUUCGACAAUUUCGCAGAUUUCGCAGUACCCGGCGUUCCCAGACUCCGCGUCCUUGUACGCCGGCAGCCACGCAUCGAUGCAGUUUGACGACGUUUCGUUGCGACCGCCUCAGGCGUACCAGGGCGAGGCUGGCUCCGACGCUCAAUUCUCGACGUCGACGGUGCGUGACGUCAGGCAGUACAACCCGCAGGUGCAGCGAAAUAGCGCUGCUAUGCCUCCCAGACGACCGGAAGAAGAGCAAUGGGUCAACCGGCAGGCUCAGCAGGGCCUCCCUGCGCAGACUCAGGACAACGGCAGCGAUCUGGCAGACAGUAACGCGAGCAACGAGACACUGGGAUCACGCGAUCGGCGGAGGAGCAAGACCUGGGGUCUCAACAUCUCCUCUGUAUUUACCGGCAACAGCAGUGGUAGCGGGCCGGUCCCGAAGCAGCCGACGGGGCAGCAAUGGGAUCCUACGCCCGCACAGCAGCUCGUGGCAGAGCAGCAGCCGCAGUUCCUGACAAGCCAGGCUCAACAACAGGCGGCGUAUUCAUCGGCUUCCUUGCCAAACUCGGCGCCAGUACAGUCAAGCAGCAAGCCGCUGGACCCAAAAAAGGCCAAGAAGGAGGCAGAGAAGAAGGCCAGAGAAGCGGAAAAGGCCAAGAGAACUGCCCAGGAGAAGGCGGCUCGAGACCGAGCGCGGGCAGUGAUGCAGAAGAGGAACCAGAUCUUGGCCGCAUCAAACAACCGGGACCAGGUCGAGUGGCUCGACAACUCAUUGGCCGACAACGAUGUGACGAGGGCGCUGGCUCAAAGCGACAAAGCAAGGGGAAAGCAGCCAUCGUCAAGCAUGAGCUCUUACUCGAGCACAUACGGCGGUACAUACGGCGGCGGACCGUCGCCAGCCUCGGAAAGUUCGGGCAGCAGUCUCUUCUCGCCACAGGCACCAUCUCACCAGCAUCUGGCUGGUCUUUCGAGUCCCGGCUUGCCUCGGCAGGGAAUGCGAGGUGGAGUGCAUGGCUCGAGUGCCUUCUCAAGAGGUCCGGGCCGGUACAGAGAGUAUGACGACGAGCGAUCGCUGUCGAGCUUCGAUCACGAUGACCCCCGAAGACAGUCAAUGCAGUCGUUCCAGACGGGCGACAGCGACCCAGGCCCGGGUGGCAGAUAUGUCCAUGGCAACCUAGCCAACAUGCAGCGCCAGGGGUCAGCGUCGAGCCUGAAUUCUGCACCCGGCGUCAUCGAUGCCUCGGGCCGGAGAUUGGUGGACUACCGAACUUCGCACGACAACCGAUCGGUGGCCAGCUCGCUAGACCAGCAGCUUGUUCAGGACUUUGGUAAUACGACGGUGGGCGAUGUUCGGCAGCGCGAUCCGGGCAGCGUCUCGCCGGGACCUCAUCACCUCUACGGCACGAGGACAUCGGUCAGCAGACAGAGUCACGGAAGUCGAGCUUCGUCGGCCCAUCGACAGGGCUCUGCCUCACCACUGCACCAGACGCCUGCCCCUCGCUUUCACCCGUACUCGCACGGGCCCGGACCUAGCAUCUCAUCGACCCACUCUGGCUCAGCGCACUCCUACCAGCUUCCUCCACUGCCCCAGGUUCCGAUUCACGGCGGAGGCGAUGGUGCACCUGGGCCCUUUCCGCAUCGACCACGCUCAGUGACAAGGAGGUCGUCGCAGAGCGCCCAUCGCGGCAUCUCCAGAGGAAGUGUGGGCUCGCAAGCCAACGACUCUGUCCAGCGCCCGCUGGCCAGCCCCACGACGCAUCUCGCCAGUGUCAAUCCCAUGUUCCAGAUUCCCAGGCAGCAGUCGCAGGGGGCGACACCCUCGCCUCAGCCGCCGCAGCUGCCUUUACCCGGAGUUACGGGGCAGGCACCGCUGCUGCCGCCCUUUUCGCAGCUAGCCCAAAGCGUACCGAUGAGCCCAGACAAUGACGCGACGAUGUACGGACCCUCUGGUCAAGGUCAAGGUCAAGGCUAUCAGCGGUGACCUCACAGAAUCGACUUCUGUUCCUCCAUGCAUCCAGUCCAGCUGGCCAUACUCGGGCAUCUCCGUACACUAUCAUCAGAGCCCUUGGCCAAGCUCGUUCCCCCUCUACCUUCCUCCAGCGCUCGCGCU